AUGCUACCUCCAGAACUAGUUGAGCUCAUCGCAGACCAGCUAGAUAUUCGUUCUGUGUGUGCUUUAUCGCAGUCUAGCAAAUCGUGGAGCAGGGUUCUUUCCGACAGUGUGUUCAGAUCCAAACUACAGGAGGUGUGUCCUUGGUUCGAGCCCCAGUUUUCGCAUCGCAACACGUGGAGAGAGUGUGCGAUCGAGUAUUGUCGACGUCGGCAGGUGGGAUCGAAAUUCGCGCGUCCAAUUCGAAAAGUGGACGCUGAGGAGUUUGGAAGGUCCUUGACCAUUGUCACCAGACCUGAACUUGUGGACUCGCUUAAACUAGAAGCAGACGGGAAAGUGUUCACCAGCAAAUAUGGGAUCAGGCUUGAUUUGUCUGCUUACAGCUUGAUGGCCAACCACUUGAGCAUCCACAAACUCGUGUCGUUUCCGCAUGUGGUGGUGUUCAUAUUCAUGCUAGAAGGAGCGGAAUGUCACGUUCUGAUCAAGUAUAAGGGGUCCAAAGGCACACAUCCAGACAUAAGGCGCGUGAUUCAGGCCUCGGAAGAUAUCUAUUGUCACGUUCUAGGACGACAUGUCUUUCUGGGCUUUUCCGAGGAUCCCUAUUUUGACAAUGAUCAGCCUGGGAUCAUGUACGUGAACAACGGCGCCAUACUCAUGAAACAGGGUCAUGCUCCUCGGUUUCAAUUCACUUGUUAUGAUGGACUUCUUCUGUUCUUUGACGAAGAGUCGUACACUUCUGUGCGGAUCUCUUUGGAGAGUAUAACGGAUCACGAACCUGUCAUGGAGGAAUUUAUCAGCGGAUAUCAGUUUGGGUAUCCUAGCUACAAAGUCGGAGCUCAUGAGCAUGGAUACUACUCGAUUGAAGACAACUUUGGGAAGUUGUUUCUUGUUGAUGACUCCAGGGGAAUGAUGGUUUGUGCUGCGGAAGUGGAUUGUGGGCGGUAUCGAGUCAUCAGUGACGUCCAGAGGAAGGCUCUAGAUGAAGUCAAUGAUUCCAGCAAACAGCAAGAAACUCUGGCCAGGUUUUCAGCACGGAAAUGA